AUGCGGGAUCUGACCAUCAGCAAUGUCACCACACGCGACGAUCUCACCGCGUGCUACUGCUGGACACGGAAAGGGCUUAAGAUUACGUUCAUCGCUUGCCCAGGUCUAGUGGAAACUCCCUGGGAAACCCUCAAGGUCGCGAGUGGAUUCCCUAUUCACGUGGACAAUAGCAGAGUUGCGGAGACGCCUGAGUUGAACGCUCGUAUUGAAGGACCAUUGGGCGAAGAGCAGCCUUACGACGACGAUUGGGCCUGGGACGGUAACAACUCGGGUUAUGAGGUGGACGAUGAGAUGGAAGAUGCAUGA